AUGAUCACUGUUUGGGUGACAUUUUUAUUUAUUACUAUUGGACCAAGUUAUCAGUAUACUUAUUCAUGUAAUUCAAGUGUAACUUGUGGAUGUUCGUCUGGUUCACAAUCAGUUACUCGUAUUGUUGGUGGAGAAACAGCAGGAACAAACAAUUGGGGUUGGGCUGUGUCAAUAAAAAUUGGCACUGCUACUGGUUCUGCACUAUGCGGCGGAUCUAUUUUAUCAAGCACAUGGAUCAUUACCGCAGCACAUUGUAUGAGUGGAGUUGCAGCAUCAAAAGUAACUAUUUAUGCUGGCUCAAGUGCUCGAUUUGCUGGUCAAUCUCGAGCAGCAUCUAGUAUCACUGUACAUCCAAGUUAUAAUAGUGGUACUAAAGCUAAUGAUAUUGCUCUAAUACAACUUAGCACUCCAUUAACAAUGUCCACAGCAGUAAAGCCUGUUUGUAUACCAUCUGUAUCUUCGGCUACAUUAGCUGCUGGUGAAUGGCCACCAGCUAGUUUAUAUGUUGUAGCUGUUGGAUGGGGAACCUUGGCGGAAGGUGGUUCUCUACCAUUAUAUCUUCAACAAGUAACCAUACAAACAAUUGCCUAUACUGCUUCGACUUGUUCUAAUGUAUUAAAUGAUCCACAAAAACAACUUUGUGCUGGUGUCCCAGGUGGUAGCAAAGAUACGUGCCAAGGUGAUUCAGGUGGUCCUCUAAUGAUGUUUACAACGAGUAAUCAAUGGGAAUUAGUUGGUUUGACUAGUUACGGUUAUGGAUGUGCACAAGCACAAGCUAUGGGAGUUUACACUCGUGUAGCUUAUUAUCAAAGUUGGAUAAACCAAACAACGAGUAAUGCAUAUAUAAAUCCAACAUUAUCAGUUUCAGCAAAGGUUGACCCUUCAAACUCUACAUGGGGCAAUGCAACUUCACUUAGCGAUAAUACAUUCAGUUCUUCUUCAUCCUUCAUGUUUUUUUCACUUCUUUUCACUUUAUUUUUUCUCAUGUAUUUAUAA